CCUCCGCUGCCUCGCUUGUAUUCACCUGAUUGGUCGAUGCGCACGCGCGGGUCUCUUACCCCUCCCCGUCCCCUUCGGGGUAGGGGUUGGAGCAGCUCCUGGCCCAGGCCCGGCAGUCGCUUGUCACCCGUCGAGGAGGUCGCUGCUUGCUGUCUUCGUUAAGCGCUUAGCACAAUGAGGUUGCUCAGUUUACUGUGGUCGUGCUACCGCUGACCUUUUUCAACUGGAAUAUGGCCGCGCCGCUACCCGCGGUUGCUCCCAGGCUCAUGGCGGGGCCGGGGGGAGGCGGCGAAAGGGAGACCUCUGCCUCUGCCUCUGCCUCUUCCUCUGCCUCUGCCUCCUUGUUGCCCGGGGCGUCCGAUUCUGAGGAAACGGUGAUAAUAGGGUUACGGCUGGAGGACACGGACGAUGUAUCUUUUAUGGAAAAGGGAGUGCUGCGGGUGAGCGAGAGGACUCAUGUCAAACUGCGGGUCUACGGGCAGAAUAUCAAUAACGAGACCUGGUCCCGCAUCGCAUUCACUGAGCAUGAACGGAGGAGGGAUGGGGAAGGCAGGCGGCCGCCAGCUGAACAAGAAGAUGGUCCGGUGCCCGUUGGUUCUGUGUCAUCGGCCCCGCAGCGUUGCGGCAUCCGGACAUCGGAUAUCAUUAUCCUCCCGCAUAUCACCCUCAACCGCCGUACCUCGGGUAUUAUCGAGAUUGAUAUCAAGCCAUUGCGCAAAACGGAAAAGAGCAAGUCGUACUACCUGUGUACCUCUGUAUCUUCUCCAGCUAUCCUAGGAGGGGCAGGGAGUGUGGCUGGGGGCCCUGGUGGUGGAGGUAGCAUUAUUGGUUCUGAUGGAGGGCCCUGGACUGAGACAACUUGGAUCUAUCAUGAUGGUGAGGACACCAAGAUGAUUGUAGGUGAGGAGAAGAAAUUCUUGUUACCCUUCUGGCUUCAGGUGAUCUUCAUCUCCCUCCUGUUGUGUCUUUCUGGCAUGUUCAGUGGUCUCAACCUGGGACUUAUGGCUCUUGAUCCUAUGGAGUUGCGUAUUGUGCAGAAUUGUGGGACAGAAAAAGAAAAAAACUACGCUAAGCGCAUUGAGCCUGUGCGACGCCAGGGCAACUACUUGCUCUGUUCCUUGCUCUUGGGUAAUGUAUUGGUCAAUACUACCCUUACCAUCCUGCUUGAUGACAUUGCGGGUUCUGGACUGGUGGCGGUGGUAGUAUCCACCAUUGGUAUUGUCAUUUUUGGUGAGAUUGUGCCACAGGCUAUUUGUUCCCGGCACGGUCUGGCUGUUGGUGCCAACACCAUCUUCCUCACCAAGUUCUUUAUGAUGAUGACCUUUCCAGCCUCUUAUCCAGUCAGCAAGCUGCUGGACUGUGUUUUAGGGCAAGAGAUUGGUACUGUCUAUAACCGUGAGAAGCUACUUGAAAUGUUAAGAGUCACUGAUCCCUACAAUGAUUUGGUCAAAGAAGAAUUGAAUAUAAUUCAGGGAGCGCUGGAAUUGCGCACCAAAACUGUGGAGGAUGUAAUGACUCCUCUCCGGGAUUGCUUCAUGAUUACUGCUGAGGCUGUACUUGAUUUCAACACUAUGUCUGAAAUCAUGGAGAGUGGUUAUACACGUAUCCCUGUUUUUGAAGGGGACCGCUCUAAUAUUGUGGACCUUCUUUUUGUCAAAGACUUAGCUUUUGUGGAUCCUGAUGAUUGUACUCCACUCAAGACCAUCACACGUUUCUAUAACCAUCCACUGCAUUUUGUCUUCAAUGAUACCAAGCUUGAUGCCAUGCUUGAGGAAUUCAAAAAAGGUAAAUCUCACUUGGCAAUUGUGCAGCGGGUGAAUAAUGAAGGGGAAGGGGAUCCUUUUUAUGAAGUCUUGGGCAUUGUUACCUUGGAAGAUGUAAUUGAAGAGAUCAUCAAGUCUGAGAUUCUAGAUGAAACAGAUCUCUACACUGAUAAUAAAACCAAAAAGAAAGUAGCCCAUCGGGAGAGAAAGCAGGACUUCUCUGCCUUCAAACAGACAGAUAGCGAAAUGAAGGUUAAAAUCUCACCACAGUUGCUUUUGGCAAUGCACCGUUUCUUAGCAACAGAGGUUGAAGCAUUUGGCCCAUCCCAGAUGUCUGAAAAGAUCCUUCUGAGGCUUCUAAAGCAUCCCAAUGUGAUUCAGGAGCUCAAGUAUGAUGAGAAGAAUAAGAAAGCCCCUGAAUACUAUCUCUAUCAGCGAAACAAACCUAUUGAUUACUUCAUUCUAAUUUUACAGGGAAAAGUAGAAGUGGAAGCUGGGAAAGAAGGAAUGAAGUUUGAAGCUGGUGCUUUCUCUUACUAUGGAGUUAUGGCUCUCACGGCUUCACCAGUUCCUUUGUCCCUGUCUCGUACCUUUGUUGUCAGCAGAACAGAGUUACUAGCAGCAGGUACUCCAGCUGAAAAUAAGUCACCACCUCGUACUUGUGGCUUAAAUCAUUCAGAUUCUCUUAACAGAGGAGAUCGCAUUGAUGCCAUGACACCAACAAUAGGGAAUAGCAACAAUCAGUUGAACUCCUCAUUUGUUCAAGUAUAUGUUCCAGAUUACUCAGUGAGAGCAAUCUCAGACAUUCAAUAUGUCAAGAUUUCAAGACAGCAAUACCAAAAUGCCCUAAUGGCAUCUCGAAUGGAUAAAACACCUCAGUCCUCAGACAGUGAAACCACUAAAAUAGAACUGACUCUUACAGAACUGCAUGAUGGUUUGCCGGAUGAGAUGGCAAAUCUACUGAAUGAACAGAACUGUGUAACUCACAACAAGUCCAACCACAGUAUGCAUAAUGAAGGUACCAUCUAGGAAUUGUCACACGGCUUCAUCCUCUUUCUCUGCUUUCCAUCCUCAUCCCCAAUUCACCAGGACUAGUCCUCAUCCUUAUCCUUUGCCUUCUCCCUGACUGCGACCACCAUUAUCUUGUGCUUAUAAAGCUGUGCUGCACCCAGUGCUCUGAGACCAAAGACAUCCUGGGAGCAGGAAACAAAACUGGGAAGAAAGGGGAACUCAGAGAAUGAGAGCACAGAAGGAAAAAAAGGAGCAAACACCUAAGCAAAGCUUGGGAGCAAUGAGGCAUCCUUCUGGGACAAAUGGCAACAUUAUUCCAAGUGGAGCAGAAUCAGGUCUAUUUUUCCAGUUAUAUUGGUGAACCUUCUAAAUAUGUGCUGAAAAGUUAAAGCAGCUGUGGUUUAUUUUUCAAGCAAUAUCAUGAUUCUUUUUAAAAAAAAUAUUUUGCAGUUGUAAAUAUUGCAGGAUAUUUCCAGUUAAACUCUACUGUAUUGUUUGUGACUGUAUCCCAAUGGUCCCAUCUUUUGUUUAUUGUUUUUCCCCUUAGUUAAAAUGACAAAAGGGUAUUAGAAUGUAUUGGCUUGGGGAAAAAAUAUGAAUGAUCCUUAAAGAACUUCUCACAGGUUGCUCUUGAGAGACUGGAGAAAAGCGAGCGGCCCCUCUGGUUAAUCUUUCUGGAUUGUGCAUGUGGACAUGCCAUUUAAGAGGCCAUAGUUUUGAGAUCAGGAAGAGUGGAAAAUAGGUGGGCACCAUAUGAAAAAAAGAGGAUUUGAUUUUCAGAGAUAGUAUUUGUGUCCUGGAAAAUUGCACAUAGUAUUUUAUUUAUUUGGGAGAUCAGUGGCAAUUUCUGCUGCUUCUCCUUUGCUGAGUGCAUGUCUAAACUUUGGGGUAUUUUCAGAGUCUGAUGUACUGUCAGUCAUGCUGCCCUUUACUUUCAGCAAAGAGCUUGUAAUUCAAGAAAGGUAUGUUAAGAUAGGUCUGAAUCUUUUGUUGUUUAAAAAUGCUGCUAUGCUGAUAGCCAAAGUCAAUCUUCCCAAAGGCUCUGUUCUUAGAACUGUGGAUGCUGCUGGGCCACCCUGUUCUCUUAGAUUUUACAAGUAUCUUUUAAGAUAAAGUCAGUUUGUAUUAGGGGAGUCUAGGCUAGGGGGCAGGAAGAAAAGAGAUGGGAUAUGUUUCAACAACUGGGAGAGAAUUUCUGUUUUUCCAUACAUGCUUUCUUUAGAAGUCCUCUUCUUAACCUUCAGUUCUUAAUCGGCUGUAUGGGGCAGAAUUUUCAUGAACACUUGGGCAUGAAAAAUAAGUAAUAUCUUCAGGAUGUUCCCUGAAGAACAUCCCAUACCUCAGGAAGUUGCAAUUUACUUUGGAGUAUUUGGGGAGCAUUCCCUGAGGAAUGCCUUGCAGUUAUGUAUUUAAACAACCUCAUUUGACACUGCUGAGACCCUGAGUUGCCUGUGCCAUUCCCAUUGCUUAUAAGAAAUACAACAGUGAAAUCCAGUAUUAAUAUAUGGAUAAAAGGUUCUAUUCUGCAGAAUAGCAUCUGGGCUGACCUCCAGAAUAUGUUAGCCACAGUACCUCCUAAGCCUUAAUUAUUUUUUUUCAUUCUUCAUGCUGGAACCCUGAAUUUAUAGGGAUACUUUCCAGAUGGGGAAUUGGUUCCUUGCAAACUUGAGAUGAACCUUAUGUAAAUUCUCUGUAGCUCUGCUUAUGCAAAUAUCCUAACCCCUCCCAAACAGCUGGUGCACGUAAGUGAAGUUUAUUCUAUUUUAGGUUGUGAUUCUUAUUCGGCAGUUUAAUCUGUAAAUGUGAAACAGCUGCUUUUUUUUCAUUGUUACCCACAAGAAUUUUUGAGUUCCCAUGAAGCACAAUAGAGACUUCUCCAUGCAAGCUACAGUAUAUCAUUGAGUAGGAUUGACAUUUUGAAACUUUCCUUUUACUAGCAUAAUAUUUUUAACCUAUUAAUUUCUUCAGGCUUGUCAUGAAAUGCAGACAAACUUCUUAGAGGCUGCAAAAUGCUAUGCCUUUAGAUGUUGAAUUUUCUAAUGUAAUGUGCUAUUGAAAAUGAUACAUUAUAAUCUGGCCUGUUAUGACAGAUAGAUUCUUAACUGUUUUUGUGCCUGUAUUUCAUGUAUCUCUUUUCAUAUUUUGUUCCCCGUAACACAUACUGAAUUGUUCAAACUGAUUAUAUCCAAAUGAUUAUGCUGGUUUGUCAUGAAAAGAUUUUAUAGAACUUCCUAAAUAUUUUAGAGGUGUAUAUAAUUUUUUGUAAUUAUUACCAAUCAGCAUAUAUAGUUGAAGGACAAAGUAUUCCAGAGUCUAGAUUUUCAAGAGUGAUCUCUAUCCCUGAAAAAAAUUGUGGUAUGGAAGAGAUUUGUAUUCUUUAAGGCCCCCAGCCAAUGUCAAGAUAAAUGUGCUCUCAGAACAAAGUGAGAGGUAGCAUUUUGAAAGUUGACUUCUUGGUAUUUGCUCUGUCAAUAUCUGCAUCACAGCUGGAUUUUACUUUCUGAUGAGUGGUCUCCUCCCCUGUUCAUAAGUUUGAGAUUCCAACAUGUAUUAAAAUGUAAUAUAUAAAAUUAACAUCCACUGGAUUAUCUGAAUUUAGUCAUGUCUUUAGGAACAUUGCUCAAAUUAUUUAAAUUCUGCUUUUCAUGUAUUACGUCAAUCAUUUUAGCAGUUUUUUAAAAUAUCCAAAUAUAUUUUGGUAAGUAAUGUGACUUUCACUGUCACCUUAGAAUGGAAUGUUUGGAUCCUUUCCCAUUCAAAUACCAGAAGGCUGGAGAAGUUUGGAAUCUGCAUCAAGUAUUCAGAUUUUGAUAGAAAUGCUCCUUGCAUUUUUAUCCCAGCUAGUCAUAUUGUUUCUUCAUUCUGGGAUUCAGUAGCCAGCAAUGGUCAUUAAGCUUUUGUAUAGUCUUAUAGAUAUAUAGUCCUUUGAACCAAGUGUGUGUGUGUUUCUUUUUUACAAUAGUUCUUCAAAUGCCUGUGAAUUAGUUUUGCACUUACUAAUGUGAAUGCCUUAUACUUUUUAGGACAAUACAUUGCUAAGUCUUCAUAAAACGAUAAUUAUUUCUUGAAAUGUUUUUUCUGUGAGGUAAUGUCUCAUCGAACAUGAGUAUCAUGAAGACCUCAUUUGGGGGUUGCAAUUAGCCCCAAGUGUUUCCAUUUCUAAGCCUGCAAACUAUGAGUGCGGAAGAUUUGCAAAGUUUCAGUGAUCUUAACCGGCUACCUAAAUGCCCAAUUUUAAAAAAUAGGGACUAUGUAAGUACUAAUAAUCCAUGUGUGGCUGAAAAUUAGGGCUUAGUAAAUGAAGAAUGAACUGCAGUAAAUCAAAUUAUAUACUCUUGCAUAAUUAAUUUCCAAAAAUAUUGUGUAUGCUUUCUCUGAAGCAGCAAAUCCCAAGGUUAAUUUUCAAGGUUAUUGGGAUAUGCUGUGAAAUCAGCUGGCAUUUAUGAAAGCAAAGAGCAAUAUAACCUGAGUAUGUAAUCCUUUUUAUUUUUUGAUACAUAAUUGGCAUUAGUCAUCCACUUUUUUCCCCCUGUACCCCACCUCCCCUGCUUUGUAGAGUGCAUCUUUUUCUUUAGAAAAAUGAAAUAUAGCAGCAUCUUAAUCCUUCUGGCAUGUGAAGAAAUGGCACUUGAAAGUUACAAUUCUUUUUCAUUCUCUUCAUCCAUGACUGCUCUAAAUUUACCAAGUUGUGCACAGAGAUUGUAUACCUUUAUUACAGGAAGAAGUUCUGUAGGUUGGUGGUAGCAUGGUGGAUAAUGCUCCUGGCCAAUUUUUCACUGUCCUGCAAAAACCACUCUGGCAUACUUAGGAAACAGGUAGUAUAGUAUCCAGCAAUAAAAAUGUCAGUUGACCCAACAGUCACCAAGACACUUUUUUCCUACUUUGAUGCUCUGUCUGAUCUUUCUGAUCAUGUUGAGGUGCCCUAUAUAAUGACUAGGUGCCAUUUUACCUGUAAAAGCAAGUGUCUGGUGACUACUUUGAAAUUGUAGGGAUGGCUGUUCCAUGAAGUGAGCUGUGUUUAUGCAGAAGCCACAGCCGCAUGGUUGUGGCUGCUUGUGGCAAUAAACUACUUCAUAUACACCAGCAAUUCUGUAAUUUUGAGCAACUCUCACAUGGUGGUUUUUGUGUGAAUUAUUCUCAAAGGUAGUAUAGAGAUGUAAUUUGGCAAUUAACAGUGCAGAUGGAAUCCCACAAAUAAUUAACGUUAUGUUUUAUGCUAAGGGCUGAUAAGACAAAGGCAAUAUCACUAGGCCCACCUCUGAGACACAUGUAUGCUUUGUCCCUCAGGUAAAUGUAAUAAAGAAUUCUUUGAAAACAUUUCAGAAGCAUUUACCUCUUAAUACUUGAUAGCUAUGAUUAGGCCAGCAUGUCAAAAUGGCUGUACAUUUCCAACAAAUGAUUAAAUGUAUAUUUUUCUAUUUUGAUGUGGCAACAAAGGCAACUGGCAAGCAAGAAAGGCCUAAUUCCAUUUUCAGACAUUUACUAAAUUGGUGGGGUGGUCGUGGUGGUAGUAGUCUGAACAAAGCUUGAACACUUGGACUUUCUUGACUGAACUAGACAGCAUAUGAACAACAAGGCACAUUCAUGCAUUGUUCUAAUAUCCAGUUAAAAUCAUGUUUACAUCUCUGUGUGAAAACCUCUGGUUAAUCUGUGUUCGUAUUUAGGGGAUAAGAUUAGAUUUUAAUGGUUUUUUAAAAAUACUUUUGCCUUUAAGCCUGCCUGCUUGCUUUCUUAUUUAUUUAUUUAUUUAUUUAUUUAAACUACCAGAUACUCCCCCCUCCUCCAGCUUACUAUGGAAGAAAAAAAUGUCCAUAAAUUAAAGCACAUUUGUUUCAGUCCUUGGAUUCUGUACAGCAUCUCCUGUGAUCUUUAGAAUGUGGCAUCUUCACAUGACGACUACAAACUGGCAAAACAUUAUUUUGUUGCAUUGAACUUUCUGUGUCAGUGAUUCCUUGUUUUGCCACCUUUGGAUUAUGCACCAUGAAAAGCUUCAUAAUCUCAACUUCUGUUCCUGCGAGACCAAUCCCCAAGACAGCCUUUGCCACAAGUAGCUGUGCAGACGGAAUUAGAUUAGAAUAGAGUGAAUUUGCAGGCUUGCUGGUUUAGGUUCAUUUCAUUUCUGUAAUAUGCGUAAAAGGCCAUUGCAAUAGGCAACCAGUUAAGAUCCAUGUGCUUUCUGUAUCCUUUUGUUAUCAUACUGCUGGCAGUUAGCAUUAUUUCCACUGAAGUGCCUGUCUAGCUGCUGUAGCAAUGCUGCAAUGACUUAUCUUUUGAUAAAGUAAGUGAUACUAAACCAUCUUCUGGUUAAUUCUAGAAUAAAUGUGUAGACUGAAUUAGCAUUAAAGCAAUGAGCCUUGAAUUCAGAAGAUGGGAGAAUGAACAUAGGAUUAAAAAUAAUUUAUCUUAUAAAUGUAUGAAGUACUAGAAAGUGCGUGAGCCUCUUGAUGUUUUGCCUUCUCUCACCUGACCUUUUACCUUAGAAAUUCUAUCUUAUUUCACUUAGAAGUCAGAGUAAUUGUGCAUUCUUGCACAACCUAUGUCUAGAUUAGCUCAUGGAUGAAGAAGGGAAGUGUGUAGUUUUUGGUGGGUAUCUGUAGCACAUUUGUGCUAUUGUUAAUAACAUGCUGCUGCAACCAAAGGCAGUCUUUCACAGUGCAUCCCACAAUGGGAGGCUAGGAUCUGUUACUGAAAGAGAAUAAAAGGUGCAUAUUCUGAGAGCUGUUCAUUAUUUGUGACGUACAUUUCUUCCACUUAUUUUUACUGUUUCAUACAUCAGUCAUUUUAUAGUUACUGUCAUUUCUUAGAUGUAAUUCCUCUUGGUUUGAUCCUACCACUCUAUUGAUUCCUUAAUUGGUUGGUCAAAGAUUGUAGUAUCUCUAAACUUGUUCAUGGAUUUGGAGGAUUUGACAAAAGAACUAUCACAAUUGCAAUUUCCAAGAUUAGGAGUUAAACUGGUAUUAUACAGGAGAAGGUAACACAGGGGAAUGCCAUGGCUUAGGCUUAGAGCUCUUAAUUCCAUACAUCAUUUUUUUCCACAGAGGUUUAUCUGGAUGUCUACAGAGUGUUCUUUCACAAAAAUGUUUAUCUGUAUGUCUACAUAAGGUGCCACAAUACUGUAGCUACACUCAAGGUUGUUCAGUAGUUGAAACUUAACUGUAUCUCAGGCUAAGCUUUCCAAUGCAGUUACUGUAUCUUUCUCUCUCUCUCUCCUAAAUGCUGCACAGAUUUCCAGUACAUGUAAAUACAGUGUAUCAAGACCUUUUAAAUCAAAGUUGUAAAGUUCCAAGCAUUGGAUUUCAAUUUACAUUAUUGCUGACAGCUGACCAUGCUUUGAUAAGAAGUCAACAUCAUCUUGUGAAGCACAGGUUCCUCACAAAAUCUGUUUCCAUGUAUUACUGCACUCCAAAAUAUCUAUACUCUUUAAUGUUGUAUUAUAUCAUGUAUUCUCCCUCUUCUAAGUGGUAAUGGUCUCCUAAUAGUAUUCCAUAUUGGCUGACUGUUUAUAUAAUCUCUGAAAAAGCACAAGUGGAAUGUAUACAUUCAUAAAUAAUCUGUGAUCCCAGUGGAGUGUACCAUUAUGCAGUGGUGUUGACAAUUUAUUCUAUUUAUUUUGAACUUGAUUUAUUUGUAUAUUUUGCCAUUUUAUUGAAAAACAGUUUAUUUCUGUUAAAUGUGUUUUUCCUGUUGAUCUUUCUUUAAGUGGCUUUUUCCCAUUCCAUGCAUCUUUUUUUUUUUUUU